CCACCCACCACCAGCACCAGCACAACCACAAAUGGGCGUCAUCCUCUCCCUCUUCCACACCGUCCGCAACCGCAACCGCAGCUCCCAACCACCACCAGCACCAGCAGUCCCAGAAACGCACGAGCUCGAUACCCUCCACGCAUCUCCCACUUCCGCUCCGCCUACAGCCACGAUCCCGCGCCCACGCCUACCUCCCCGCGUCUUCGCUGCGCUGUCAUCGCGCUCACGGGCUACCGCUCCAGCUUCACCGGCAGGAGUACCAGCACAAGCACAAGCACUCCCAGCAGCUCGCGCGGCGCCGCGGCAGCAGAAACGAGGAAUGGCAGACGACGCAUCGUAUCUCUCCUUCUUGGAGAAGGCGAAUGCGCCUUUAGGAGGGUCGAACGAAGCCCAAGCGAGCGGUUCGGGGAAGAAGGGGUUCAAGACUGUGGAUGAGGGGGCGAAAGUGCCAGAGGUGAUUCGGAAGGCGAUAGAAGGGGUGGUGUAUGUUAGUGAUGCGGAUGAGGGGUUUGAGGGGGUGAGUUUGGGGACGGGGGGGAGGGGGAUGGUUGAUGGUGAAUCCUUCGCAGACCUCAUCGGCUCCCCCGACGGCCGCGAAAUCGAAAUCCUAGAUAUCAGCCAGUGGGACGAGAGGGGCGAGUACAAAUCUAUCGUCGACGCCAUCCGCGACGCCACCAGCGGCGGAGACGUCCGCGUCUACCGCGUCCCCCGCGGCGCCACGAGGGUCGAGUACUGGGUUGUCGGUGUGGAGGAGGGGGAGGAGGGGAGGUUGGUGGGGGCGAAGGCGCUGAGUGUUGAGAGCUGA